UCUUCUUCUUUUCUAUCUUCAUUAUCCCUUUUUCUUCUUCUUCUUCUUCUUCUUCUUCUUCUCCUUCUUCUUCUCCUUCUACUCCCUCUUCUCCUUCUACUCAAUUUUUACGAGUAUUCAACAAUCGAUUGCUUUCUCUGUCCUUAUCAAAUUCAUUGUUAAACAUAAUAACUUUAAUAUCCAUAUCCAAUCAACAAAGGUGUAUCGGACAUUAAAUCAUAGAUAAUUAUAAUAGCUGGUUGAUUAGCAGCACAUAAAUAAUAUAGCUCAUUCUAUAAGUCAUUCUUGGAAGACUCAAGUCGAUUUCGUUCAUUUAGCUUGAGCGAUGAUUUCUUGAAGUCAGUUUUGCUUCUUGAAGGGUUAUCAUUCUUGUAUUCCUGUUACCUUCUGAACCCUGCGAUACAUUUCCUCGACAGUAAAAAUGUCUGCUCUGAGCUUGACUAUCCUAGUUGCUCUGGCCUCAACAAUAAGUGAAGGGUAUGUGGGAGAGCCAUUGGCAGUCGCUGGAAGGAUGCCAUCGAAUAGACCAAUGAGGGGACGUUGUCCCCCACCCUCCGAUCCUCUCAAAUGCCCCCCAUUAUACACAGGAUACAUGGCCAACAAAGAGUACUGCAACCGCUACAUAAAAUGUGUGAACGGGGUGGGCUACAAUAGAACAUGUGAACCCCCAAAAAUGUUCGACGACAUAGUACUCAUCUGCAAUGAUCCCGAGAGAGUCAAUUGUGGCACCAGAAAGAGAGGGUAUGAUGGAGGAGCUGGUGGAGGCGGUGGAGGAGGAGGAGGAGGCGGAGGAGGUGGUGGAGGUGGUGGAGGAGGAGGUGGUGGAGGAUGGGGCGGAGGAGGUGGAGGAGGACAUGAUCACUUAGAUUGUGGUGGAGAUGACUACUACUACUACUAGACUAAAACUACUAGAACAAUAUUAUGAAACAAAAAACAUCACAAAAAAGAGUUAAAAAGUAGAUACGAAGUCAGAAAAGAAGUGAGAGGAAUACAAAACCUAGGUUGAAAAAACCUAGAAGAAGAUGAGGUGGAACUAGUUGAUAAGAUGGGGAAAGAGGAGUGAGUAAACCUUAGCAGCGACUUAUUAUAUUCUAGACAAUAUUGUACCAUUAAUUCAUGAGAAGCUUUUACAAAUUUGAUUUCAGUAUGAUGAAUGAAAUUAAUUUAAUGUUCA